AUGUACAAAAUCCAGACGAAUCGAGUUUUUCAACAAUGUAAUACUGUAAAAAUUUCAGAAACUUAUAUUGGCGUUUGCCUCAUGGUUUAUUGUGUCUUAGCAAAAGAUGUUAAGCCAUGUAAACAAAUUACGUUAAAAUCAAAUCCAAAUGUUGAUGAAUCUAAUAUUUUUUCUGAAUUAAAAAAUAACUUUUUUCUAUACAAACUUAUUAUAUAUGACCGAGCAAUGGCUUCAAAAGUUUACUGA